AUGUCUGGAGCAGCGACACCCCACGCGUCUGCCUCGACACGCGCCUCACUCCCACCUACAGGUGCGGCAACACCGGCUCUACCUCCCCAGGCACCCACCAACCCAGGCCUCCCUCCGCCGUCAACCUUUGACGUCCUUCCCGACCUCCACAAGCUCCUCAGACGCUUGCUGGACACGUCUGCUCAGCCACCAGCACCUACGCCGACUCCUGUUCAGCCCUCCGCGGAUGGUCCACUCGAAAUCCAGCACGUACCUACUGCCGCGACAGAUGUCAAGCUCAAGAUACAAAAGGCACGACGCGCCGUCAUGGCCUUGCCGGAUAUCGACAGGACGUGCGAGGAUCAGCAAGAGGAGAUCGAGGAACUGGAGUUGAGGAUUACGCGAUUGAAGGCUUCAUUGAGGGAGCUAGGUCGGCCAACGGAUGAGUUAGAGGAGGGAGACCAGAGUCAAACAUCCAUUGACUGCAUGGACGCGUUAGAACUGGCUCUUACACAAGGAAAUUGA